UCUCCAUGAUGAGAACAAGCCACCAUCUCCUCCUCCCUCUUCCACUCUCAUGGAUUCGAGUGACACCACCACCGGCUUCCAUCACCUCUCUUCCUCCCCUACAUCUUCUCCCGUCUCGUCUCCUCCUGCGGCGAUUCACAGCCCCUGUGCCGCCUGCAAGAUCCUCCGCCGGCGAUGCGCCGACAAGUGCGUCCUCGCUCCUUACUUCCCCCCGACGGAGCCACUUAAGUUCACCACCGCGCAUCGCGUGUUCGGUGCCAGCAACAUCAUCAAGCUGUUGCAGGAACUUCCGGCGAGCCAGAGGGCCGAUGCCGUGAGCAGCAUGGUGUACGAGGCCAACGCACGGAUCAGGGAUCCCGUGUACGGCUGCGCCGGUGCCAUAUUCCAGCUUCAGAAACAGGUGAGCGAGCUGCAAGCACAACUGGCACGGGCGCACGCCGAGCUCAUCAACCUGCAAGCCCAGCAGAAGAACCUGAUCGCGAUGAUCUGCAUGGAGAUGGCUCAGACACAGCAGGGCUACCGCACAACACCCCAAUCCACCAAUGCCCUCGCUGACAGCCCCAACAUGUAUCAGAACGAUGCGUACUUCCUUGACGAGAUCAGCCACGGCUCGGUUUGGGAUGAGCCUCUCUGGAUAUGAGCCAAGCUUGGAUUAAUCGCAGAAGCAAAUAAUGGUUCCAAGACCUAUGUAUACUGCCGAUCAAUAAACCAUCAGCAUAUCGACCAAGUCGAGAGACGUGAACUGAUUUGUUUUCGUACAACUUAUGAUCGUGAUUGAUUA